AGCGUUCAGACGUCGGUUAUAAGGUGCAAUAAUUGCUGCUACUCUCCCCCCUUGUGGUGUCAUACAGUUCGUACAAAGUAAACUUUACGACUUCUCCUAACUGAUAGCGUCGCCUCGGGCAAAGUUCUAAGCUAAGCUUCCGAGGAAGAUGAUCCACGGACACCAACUUUUAGUGGCCGUAUUAGCAGCAAGUUUGUCCUGCUGGACUGCGGCGAACGCGUGGGAACGGCCAGAGGAAGAGGGCGCCGCGAGUCCUCUCCAGCGGGACAGCCAGGGAUUGGAGUGCGCCGAGUGUGUUUGCGGAGGUGUGACCUCGCCGGGAACGCGCGUCGUCGGUGGCAAUUCCAGCGACCUAAGUGCCUUUCCCUGGAUGGCGUCGCUGUUCCAGAAGGGGGUGUUCAGCUGCGGGGCCAGUUUGAUCAACGACCGGUACGUUCUGACGGCGGCACAUUGCGUGGCACGGGCGGACGCCAGGGAGUUUGAGGUGUUUCUGAGAAGGCCCAGCAUUACGGUGGGGAAUCCAGAAAUGAUCCACCGGCGGGGCCAUUCCAUCACGCUGAACCACUACCAGGGCAUACGCAUCAACAACGACGUGGCACUGAUCCGGCUGGCCGAACCCGUCCCCCUCGGUCCGGAUGUGAUUCCGGUGUGUCUACCGACGGGAACGGAAAGCUAUCAGGGUCAAAAGGCCACCGUGACCGGUUGGGGAACGACCGAGAGUGGGGAGUUGUCCGAUACACUGCAGCAGCUAACGGUGCCGAUUCUGUCCAACCAGGAGUGCAAACGGGCUGGCUACUUCCGGUUUCAGAUCACAAACCGGAUGCUGUGCGCUGGGUUUCUCGAGGGAGGAAAGGACUCGUGUCAAGGUGACAGCGGUGGUCCGUUGCAGCUGCGUAAUCCGACCACGGGCCGGUACGACAUCAUCGGCGUGGUGUCCUGGGGAAAGGCUUGUGCCCAGCGCAACUAUCCCGGUGUUUACGCCCGGGUCACCAAGUUUGUCGCCUGGGUUCGGUCCACCGCACGGGAUGCCUGCUGGUGCCAGCAAUGAUUGCGAGGGAAAUGUUGGAUUCCGCAGCCAGUGACACAACAAUAUGGUCUUGUUUUUCGUUGGAAACGUGAGCACGGACGUAAUUAUGGUGAAGUAAGAGCGAUGUCUGUGGCGGACAGUUAUUGUUCAAGUUAGAAGUAGCUUGAGUGGAGUAAAA